AAUGAGUCGUGCAGUGUUACAACCUUUUGAAGUUUAUCAAAAAGCAAGAGUUUAAUUUGUGUAGACAGUAGCUGAGUUAGCAAAAAGACCAUAAAAUAUUGAAGCUUUGUAAUCAGCAGGUAAUGAAACCGUAACCAAUCUUUUAGGUGUGAUGUCCUUAUUGAGACCUUUACUUCUAGAUUGUGUGCCAUCUAUUCAAUAAUCAGCAGCCUUAGCAUUAGGAAGAUUGGCUAAGCAUUCUGAAGAUUUAGCUGAAGCAGUUGUUUCCAAUGAAAUAUUGCCAUAAUUAGUAAGUUCGUUGGGAGAACAAAAUCGUUUCUAUAAAAAGGCUGCAGCAUUUGUACUUAGAUGCGUUGCAAAACAUUCAUCAACUUUGGCAAUGGCAGUUGUCAAUUCAGGUGCUCUAGAAGCUUUAGUCUAAUGUUUAGAAGAAUUUGAUCCAAGUGUUAAGGAAGCUGCAGCCAGUGCUCUUCGUUAUAUAGCUAAGUAAGUAUAACAUAUAUUCUGUAUAGACAUACAGCAGAUUUGGCUUAGGCUGUAGUAGAUGCAGGAGCAGUUCCAUUAUUGGUGCUCUGUAUUUAAGAACCAGAAACUACAUUGAAAAGAGUAUCAGCAGGAGCUUUAUCAGAAAUCUGUAAACAUUCAGCCGAAUUGGCUUAGAAUGUAGUUGAUGCAGGUGCUGCACCAUUUCUAAGUGCUUUGAUUCCUCAUCAUGAUGCUGAAUUGAAAAGAUCAGUUUGUUUUUGUUUGGCUAAUAUAGCAAAACAUACAAUAGAUCUAGCAGAAGCUAUUGUAGAUGUGGAUAUCUUCCCAAAGAUUUUAUAUAGAUUAAAAGAUACAGAUCCUGGAGUUAGGUAAACGUUUUAAUUAAUCUAAUAAAUAGAAAAGCUGCAGCAACAUGCAUUAGAGAAAUUGCUAGAUAAUCUUAAGAUUUAGCUAAAAUGAUAUGUAGUGCAGGAGCAGUAGUGUCAAUUGUUGAUUAUAUCAAUGAGGCUAAAGGUGAUGCACGUUUACCAGGCAUAAUGACAUUAGGAUUUAUUGGAGCUUUUGAUGAAGCUUUGGCAAUGGGAAUUAUUGCAGCAAAAGGAAUUGCACCAUUAAAAGAUGCUUUAAUAAAAGAACCUGAUCAAUCAGUAAAGAGUGCUUCUGCAUGGUCUCUUGGUAUGAUUGGUGGACAUUCAGCAGAUCAUUCAAGAGCUAUGGCUGAAGCUGAUGUUCCAUCCCAUUUAUUAGCUGUAUAUAAUUGUUGUUAUAAUUUUAGGUUUAUAAAUUCCCUGAAUCUAGUGAAGAUCUCAAAAAGAAAUCAAGUUAAGCUUUGAAAUCGAUAUUAUAAAUGUGUACUUAUUUACCUGCUCUUGAACCAUUAAUCUCAGAAGCUCCCCCUGAUAUUUUAUAAUAUGUCUUACAUUAAUUCCAGAAGACAUUACCUAAUGAUAAUGCAGCCAAAAAGUAUAUAAUAUAUAUUAUCAUCUUUAGACAAUUUGUAUUAUCAGAAGGAUUAAAGAAGAUUCAAGAAAUUAAAGCUAAUCCUGGUUCCAAAUUAAGACAAUAUAUCGACGAAAUCAAUUCCUAUUAUCCACCAGAAAUCAUUCAAUAUUAUAGUGCUGGAUACGAAUAGUAAUUGCUUAAGAAAUUGGACGAUUACAAUGCAGAUUGACC